AUGCAGUCCCCGAGCAAUGAGUCGGACUUGCCGGGGCACACGGCCGAUGCUCCCCCUCCCCCCGAGCCUGAGCAGAGCUAUUACCCCCCGCGAGUCUGUCGCAUCUGCCUGGACACGGUCCUGCCCACCGUGCAGCCGUCAGAAUUCCUCCAAAAGCCCCGCGUGGUAUACGAGUCCACCGACCCCGAGCUAGGGCGACUGCUCCGUCCGUGCAAAUGCAAAGGAUCCUCGCGAUAUGUACACGAGGGAUGCUUGCAGACAUGGCGGCACGCAGACCCCCGAUAUGGCCGGCGGAACUACUGGCAGUGUCCAACCUGCGGGUUCCAGUACCGGCUGGAGCGGAUUACCUGGGCGCGGUGGAUCAGUAGCUCCGGCACUCAGAUUGUGCUUACCAUUAGCAUUCUUCUGUUGACUAUGUUUCUUCUUGGAUUUGUUGCUGACCCCAUUAUUGAAUUUUUCCUCGUCGAUCUAGACGAUCUCCCCUUAGAAGUGGAGGUUGAUACAGCACAGGCAUCGUGGGUGGCCCAUUUUAUUAAGGGACUGGCCUCUCUUGGUCUGCUGUCCUUCUUCCGGGUCAUGUUUAUGAUGUCGCCCUGGAAUCUCCGUGUUGCAACGGGAGGAGGUCGAUCUUCCGGUCGAGACCGGAUGCGUUGGUUGAUGAUUGUUAUUGGCGUGGGCACUUUUCUCUGGGCUGUCUACAAGGGUGUCCGAUCCUGGAGUAAACGAACGCUAGAAAAGACCAGCGAACGAGUCAUGGACGUGCCCUUGCCAGAUGAUGAAGAGGACGAUGCUGCCAUGCCAGAACCCCCUACCAGUGAUCAUUCCAAGACCGAUUAA